CAUUGUAAUAACAGCCACGGCUUCGAGAUGGCAUCACUUGUACUUUGCUUUCUAAUGUUCCAAUUCGUGACGGGAAAUGAAAAUCAUCGAAGUGAUAGCAUUUUGCAUCACAUAAAUAGUGGAAUGAAAAUCGCUCAGGAAUUUCUGGGAUCUGAAUCGAUUGCUUUGAAGGUCGCAGAUCUCGUCGUUCGCGCUUUCCAACCUCUGCCGGUGAAAAGGCAACCAUCGGACAGUUACCUCGAUAAAUCCACCGAUAGCGAUGAGGAUUCAGGGGAAAACAGACCUAAUUACAAUAUUAACGAAAUGCCAUUUUCCAUGUCUCCACUGCGUCACUUAGUACGUUUAUUGGGUCUUCAGCCGAAGCAGAUUAGCGCUGUCGCUGUCAAUGCUCUCAUAUUUGUUGCUCAGAUGUUAACAUCAUUUCUAGCAGGACCUAGGAAUCCAACCCGACAAUACCGUUCUGAAGAUCUUACAACGUGGAUUCUUAACAAAAACUCCCAAAGACUUCAGGAUCUUAUAGCUACGGCUAAAAAUGAGUCUUUACCAGAACAUAUAGAAGAUCUGAUACCAGACCAGGAAUAUGACGAAGAAACUAGUUGUAUACGGCUUUUAGUCUGCAAGAUUACUCCUUUCGUAAGCAAAAUGCAAAAGGCUGUGUUUAGUGAAGAUGAAGAAUUAGAUAAGAAAAUGCGCGGUGCGGCGUUUAUGUAUCGACAUCUGCCGACCAGCGAAGAAAUUAAUUCUAGAGGCAAAAUCUGCGAACGCAAAUAUAAAGAUUGUAAAUUAUACGAAUAAAAUGUAACUAAUCUAUGUUGAGAUAGGUAUGGUAAAAGUAUUACUUUUCGAGUACUGUAAUACAUGUAAUGUAAAUAUUGCCACUUCUUUUGAAAAUUAACUAUGAUUGCAUGAAGCCGAAGGUGUAGGUAGAUAGGAAUCGUCACUUUCAAAACUCAAAUGCAUAAAAAGUGUGGAUAGAUAUCAG